CACAUGCAUAUUCUGUAUGUAGUCCGAGGUCGGCCGAUAAUCCAUUGCGUCAAAUGACGGCUCUAUGCUUCCGCUUGCCCCAGCAUGGACAAAAGUGGAUCCAUCUCGAUUGUGCCGGUCUACCGUUCCUCGUUUGUCGUCAAACGGUCAAAUCCUAUCAUAGUUAAGGUCAAGCUUUUUAGACAAUUCUUAUCUUGUCUCGGCCCGUGUUUUAUUUUCCUUUCAUUCCUCUAUUGUUCACGGUUGCUUCCGGUCGUGGCAAGUGACGACCUUGUUGAGCUAUAUAUUUUGGCCCAUAGCGGAUACUUCCGCUGCCAUUUUCAUAUUCCGAAGCGCACAAGUCUCGGCAGAGAUUGCAAGCUACCUUCUUUCGCGAUAUUUGUGAAUGUUCUUGGAAGAUUCAACUUAUUCUCUACUCGAAGUCAAAAUAUAAACAUCUUUUGGCAAAUCUUCUCGGAACAGUUCCUGUCACAAGAAGCUUCAAAAUGGCUUCUCGAGAACCUUCAAUCUCAGACACAUCUCCAACAUCCUCACACCCAGAAAACAAUGCCCUCGACCUUGAAAAGCAAGACACCGCCAUCGAUGAGGCACCCCGCCAAAACCUCCACACAACAACCCAAACCAGUACCCGGGCCCGCAUAACCAGAACCCAAUCCAUAACCGGUCGAGGAUCAACUCGAGGACGAUUCACUCACCCUCUCUCACACAUUAAAACGACUGAAGACAACAUCGUUGACUUCGACGGCCCCGAUGAUCCCUACCGCCCCAUCAAUUGGCCCUUCCGCAAAAAGCUCAUCACCACCCUCCUCUACGGCCUCACCACCAUGGGCAGCACAUGGGCAUCCUCCGUCUACGCGCCCGCAAUCAAUCAAAUCUCCACCCAAUACCACGUCUCCACCGAAGUCUCUCUCCUUGGCCUCUCCUUCCUCCUUCUCGGCUUCGGACUCGGUCCCUUGCUCUGGGCUCCAUUAUCGGAAGUCUAUGGCAGGAAACCUGCUGUGUUAGCACCGUACUUUAUUGCGGGGUGUUUUUCCUUUGGGACGGCAACUGCAAAGGAUAUCCAGACUAUUUUAUUGACGAGGUUCUUUGCGGGGUUGUUUGGGAGUGCGCCGGUUACUAAUACAGGGGGUGUGUUGGGGGAUAUUUGGAGUCCGGGACAGAGGGGGACGGCGAUUGUGGGGUAUGCUUUUGCGGUUGUUGGGGGGCCUACUUUGGGACCGAUUGCAGGAGGCGCGAUCGUGUCCAGUUACUUGAGAUGGAGGUGGACAGAAUACAUCACAGGCAUUAUGAUGAUGUUCUUCCUCCUCCUCGACGUCCUUAUCCUGGAUGAAAGCUAUCCACCCGUUCUUCUGGUGGCUAAAGCACGCCGCCUUCGACAUGAGACGGGCAACUGGGCUCUUCAUGCUAGACACGAAGAAUGGGAUGUUAGUAUCAAAGAACUUGCGAAUAAGUUCUUGAAGACUCCUUUUCGCUUGCUGGCGACGCCAAUCUGCUUCUUGGUGGCAUUGUACGCUUCGUUCGUUUAUGGAAUCUUGUAUCUAUGUUUAGCAGCUAUCCCAAUCCAAUUCGCAGAGGAGCGAAGAUGGGGUCCCGUGACUUCUGAGCUUCCAUUCUUGGCGCUUUUGUUAGGAGUUAUCACAGGUGGAAUGGCGAACAUAUAUAACAACAAAUUCUACCUCCGCAAGUUUGAGAAGAAUAGCAACAAAGCGGUACCCGAAGCUCGACUGCCGCCCAUGAUGAUUGGCUCCGUCUUUUUUGCAUCAGGAUUGUUCAUUUUCGGUUGGACAUCCCCCACCCACGUAUUCUGGAUAGCCCCGCUCAUCGGCCUCUUCUGCAUGGGCUUCGGCUUCUUCACCAUCUUCCAAGCAGCCCUAAACUACCUGAUCGACACCUUCCAACGCUUCUCCGCGUCCGCCAUCGCCGCUAACACCUUCCUCCGCUCCAUCUUCGCCGCUGCAUUUCCGCUGUUCGUGAAUCCCAUGUUUCAUCAUCUGGGGAUCGGGUGGGCGAGUAGUGUGUUGGGGUUUGUGGCUGUGGCGAUGAUUCCGAUUCCGUUUCUGUUUUAUGUUUAUGGGCCCAGUAUUCGGAAGAGGGGGAAGUUUACUGCGUUGGUUAUGUAGGGCGAGAGGUUUUGGUUGGGGUUUGCAUGGCGUGGCGUUGUGGGUGGGAUAGAUGCGGCCAGUAAUGGUUGAGGUUCGUGUAGCUGAAAGGUCUGAGUUUCAGU